GUCUUGUUAAUUAGUUUUGUUGUUUUAACCCUCCAGAAUCCACACAUUCCAAUAUCCUGAGGUACAGAUUACCAGCUUUGUCUCAGACUGUGAAGAAUAUUGGGAAUCAAUGGGUUAUGCAACUGAUCAGAAUCAGGAUUUGUGCUCAUGGGUGUACUAGUUCUGCUUCACUGGAUCACUGAUCUGGGUGAUUAACAGAAUAGGGAAGACUAAGCUGUCAAAUCCCUUUGAUUAAUAAACUGUGACAGCCCCAGGUCUCUUGUGUAAUUGCAUGGAUUUUUUCGUCUUUUUAUCUUCCGAUGACAGUCCUGGUAACAGUGCAUGACUCAUGAUUUUUAUUUCCAGGAAAAUCUCUCAGAAAUCUCAGUGAAACUGAUGAGAACAGUUGUUCUUGGAGACAGGGAUGUGAUGGCUGUGUAGUUAAAAUGAAAACCCUCUAAAUUAAUGCCAGUGAAAUGGGCAAAGCAAUACCGUUAAAAUCCAUUUAGGUGGUGAUUGAUAGUAACAUUAGUGAUUAAAGAAUACUCUAGGUCAUUUGUACAGCUGUCAUGCUGGCAGACUUUCUGGUCCAGGUUUAGAAUUUUUUUAGUGCAGUUUGUCUUUCUACAUCAUGCCUUUUUAACCUGUAAAAUCUUCAGUCUAUGUAGAAAAUUAUGUUGAAAAGUUUUUUUUACAAACUAGUUCAAAUCUCCUUUUCUUUAAAUUGAGUUUUUCCUGUCCAAAUGAAACUUUUUACAGAGAAAAAGUUUGACCUGAUGUCAAAAUUAUAUUGAAAAUAGACUAGAUAGGGCAGGAAUAUUUUUUACUGACUAACGCACCUGGGAAAGUUUGAGAGUAAUCUCCCCUCUAGGGAAAUGUUGCCAUUAACUACAGAUUCACUGCUGGAGAAAAGUAAUUAGGGCAAGGCAAAAUCCAGGUACAUUUUCCCUCAAUCUUAACAAUCUUGUUCUUAUUAGUGGUCUCGGGACAUUUUGGAUGCAUUUGGAUGAGGUAAAUCACCCUUUGUUAUACGGUCUUGUAUUUCUGUUGAUUCUAAGAAAUUGUUGACCCCAGUUUUAUACACUUAUUGAUAUUAUCGUAAAUGCCAAAACAGUAAUACAAGAUUACAGUUACACAAGCCUUUAUCUGGUCAAUUAAUUUCACCCUAAAUUGAUUACAUCAUGGCUUCCUCUGGCCAAUAUAAUGUUACCAGUGUGAAGGAAAGAAAGAUAGGAUUUCCCAAGCUUCAUGUUGAUUGCAUAACUUAAUGAAGAUAUAUGGUUAAUAAAACUUGACUUGCCUCCAGACUAAAAUGAAAUUUAGCAGAAAAUUAAUUAGCUGACCCCUACUUUGUUGAAUCACAUCAGGACUAUAAAUAUAAUAAUGAUUCAAGGGUUACUUUAACAUGGAGUUUGGAGCUACAGGAGGGCAGAGCAAAAUAUGUUUUCAUUUAAGAAAUGUAUGUGAGGGUACCAUAGAGCAGCAUGACAGCCAGUGCUAGGCCAGUGAAGGCAGAUAUACAGUAUAGCCCACUCCAUCAACCCUACGUCCCAGCAGCAGCCUCCACCAACAACUCCACAAGUGCCACUGGGAUCCUUGGCCUCUGGAGUAAAUUCUGUUGCAGCACAAUGAAAACCAGAAUGGCCACUGCAAGUGUCAUAAUGGUUGUUUUGGUGUGCAUUUUCAUUGCCUUCAGUCUCGUCUAUUCCAAACCUGUGAACGCCACCUUAUGUGCACAGCCAUCACAGCCUGCGUCCAUAACUCGUGCUCCCCUUCAGAACAUGGAUUUAUUGUUUGAAAGUAAAGGGCGGAUACGUUUCAAAGGCACCAAGCGCCAUCUUCCACAGUGCAUUAUCAUUGGUGUGAGGAAAUGUGGCACAAGAGCACUUUUAGUAUUCCUCAAUCUACAUUCACACAUUCAAGUGGCACAGGAAGAAGUUCACUUCUUUGACAAAGAUGAUAAUUAUGACAUGGGAUUAGAAUGGUACCGUAAAAAGAUGCCAUAUUCUUUUCCUAAUCAAGUGACUGUUGAGAAAAGUCCAGCAUAUUUCAUAACUCCAGAAGUACCGGGAAGGAUCUAUCACAUGAACAGUAGUGCCAAACUCAUCGUCAUAUUCAGGGACCCAACUACAAGAGUGAUCUCAGAUUAUGCCCAAAUACUAGAUAAUAAAAAAGCAAAAGGAAAAGCAGAAGAUUGGCCCAAAUUUGAGGACAUUGUUAUGAAUGAUGAUGGUUCAAUAAACACUGAAUACAAAGCAGUGCGAAUCAGCAUUUAUCAUCGACAUUUAAGACGAUGGCUAGAAGUUUUUGAUCUCAACCAAAUUCAUAUUGUGGAUGGUGAUAAGUUGAUAACUGACCCAGUGUCAGAGAUUUCUAAAAUAGAAACUUUUCUCGGUCUUGACCACCAGAUUUCAGAGGAGAACUUAUUUUUUGAUAGAAGAAAAGGAUUCUAUUGUAUGCGCAAUAAAACUGAAGAAAAAUGCUUGAAUGAAACCAAAGGAAGAAAACACCCAGACAUUGAUGAUGGUGUAUUGAAAAAGUUACAAAAUUUCUUUGUACCACACAAUAGGAAACUGUUCAAAAUGAUUGGAAGAAAGUUUGAUUGGCCAGAACCAUAGUUAUGUCUGUAAAUUUUUAGAUUUCCUCACAUUGUGUUGAAUUUAUACAUUAUUUUUAUUUUGUAUUGAUUUUAUCUUUAUCAAAAUAAUUUAGUUUGACAGGUCAGGUGAUUUCUAAAUAAAAAGGGAAAUGACAAGCUGCCUGUCGCAAAGAUGUUUAUAUUUUUCCUGUAUCAGGAACAGCACAUAUCAAAUGCACGUAGUCCUUGAAGUGCCAAUGUUAAGAAAAAAAUGUUUAAAGAAUCUGGAAGCAAUAUUUAAGAGCAUUGAGAAUUCUUUAUACUUAUUAAUAAUAAAUUAGCAUCAUACACAGAUGAGUAGACAGAAUGCAAGUGGUGACUUCCAGUGUAGUAUUGCUUGUGACUGCUACAAUGCAAUUGAUAUUGAAAUGAACUAUGACAUAAGAAAAUGUGCAGUCAUGAGAAUAACAUUGCCCUUAAUAAUGGAAUAGUAUUGUUUUGUGUGGUGCUAUGUUAUGCUAUUUUGCAAAGAAGACCAUCGGAGAGGGAUUUCCGUAAGAUAUUCAUUCUCAGCAGUCCAUGACAAACCAAACAAACCAUGACACCUCAAUGCUAUAUCUUUGUUGUGUAUGAUAAAUAUUAAUACCAGCAUUAUGUGCACUUUUUUCCUGUAUUUGGAGGUGUCAGUAGUAUUCAUACAGCAUUGGGAAAUAACUAUGAGAAAACAAAAAUAUGAUUUUGUUACCUUAUCACUGAUGGCUUUGCUGUUAAAGGCUGACAAUCUGAACUUAACCUUAGAAAGUAGUUGCAUCUGAAUUUAUUAGUGCAUAGUUAAAAUAUUAAUUAUGCUUUGACACUGCAUUUCCAUUAGUGUAUGCAACAAAUUGAACUUACUCUCCCAUACAGAGAAUAAGCCAACAUUGUGGACAUUUUUAAAAUUUUUUUUUCUUUUUCUUCUUUUUUUAAAGGAAUAUGUUAAGCCUCUGUGUAUUGAGGAAACUUGUUGAAAGUUUUUUAAUAUAUAUAUGUAUUAUAUAUGUACUGUAUAUAUGAAUUGUCACCCUAGUCAGUAUUGUAAAAAUGUGACUAAGUAGAUUCAAGUUAGCAACAAUUUUAAGAUAAUUUCAAUUUUUGCAAAUUAUUUAUACUAUGGCAGCACAAAUUUUCUACUUAGCUGUAUAUAGUAAAGUAAAAUGAUCUUUUUUGUAUUUGGUUUUGCAGUUUGAUUUUGAAAUUCAAAUGUAACUUUACUCAUUUUUUUUCUAAGUAUAGCGUACAAACAAACAAACAUUUUAUUUGCUGUUGUGUUAUCAAUGUGUAUGAUAUAUCAUUGUGUUAAUUUAUAUAUCAUGUCCUCAUUUAGUAUUAAAGUGAAUGUUUUACACAUGGUAUUAUAUAUAUGCCAUACAUUAUUAGUAUCUCAUUGUCAAAGUAAUAAACCUUGAAUGACCAUCCUUUAAAUGUUGAAAUAUUUGAAGUUUACUGCAAAACAGAGUGUAUCCUUCUGAUUUUUCUUGUAAUAUGAAAAAGCUUGAAAAGAUAAUUAAAUACAAUUGUCACACACUCAAAAAAUUG